UGAUGCUCAGACAGACAGAGGAGCGCUUGGAUGAAGGCUUCGUCGCAGUGUGCAGCGUUCAUUCCUGACGCGUCUGUCUACAUCUGAACCCACCGGACGAACGGGGACUAGAUAACUUACAACGGAAGACUUGAUCUGAUAUGGAAACGCGUGCCGUGCUGCAUUAAUUAAAGAAGGGGACAUUUCAGUGAUGCCGGCAUCCAGAGAGCGUCUGUGUUGUAGUUCGUAGCAGCGCGCGUGGUGAAGUUGGAUUGCGGAUCGCUUAUUGUAUCGAUCUUGAAACACAACCCGAGCCGUUCUGACACCGCGGAUGUGUCGGGGUUGUGUAUGGGAUGUGAUUGAGAAGACAUUCUCUUUACACCGAGCGAUGCGUUUCUGUCGUCUCUGACACCUGACGGGGAUGUAUGCAAAUAAAUGAGCUUAGUUUAGCGUUAUCAUCACGCUUGUGUUUAUGUACAUUUCACUGAUUCGACUGGAGGAGACAGAGAUGAAUUGACGGCACUCGCGCAUUACUUUAGUGAACAUCCUGAGCAUUUCGGAGAAAUACAUGCUUGUAUUAUCAGAAUAAUCUGUAACCAUUUGUAUUUUUGCAGUUGAGUUCUUUAAACUGUUUUAUUCUCUCUCUCUCUCUUUCGCUAGUUUGAGGAGCCAGACUGUGCUUCAUGUGGUGAUAUCCAACUUUACAUGCUUUAUUGAAGUUAGAAAUACGAUUUAUUAUGACUGAAUCAAUCUGAAUACACCUUACAUCAAACGAACGGGUUAAAUCGAGUGGAAAUAGGACACAUUUAACUUUGAAUUGCACAAACUUGCAAAAGGACUAUCAUGAAGAUGUUUCAUGGAUUGUUGUAACUUCCAUAAAGUGUCACUAGGUCCAUCUAUGCACCUUCUCGUAAAGAUCAGCUGACCAUCUAAGGGCGUGCAUUUCUUCCAAACGUCUAAAUAUCUGUACCUACUUCAAUCAAAGAGCUUUUAAACUUCAAAGAACAUGGAUAUUAAAACAGAGUCUGAAGACAAUCUGGACUGCAACCAGCCCGUGCCCAUUGAAGUCUUCGCCAGCAGGUCCACGCUCCAUGGCAUCUCGCACAUGUUCAGUUAUGAGCGCCAGUGCAUCAAGCGAUGCAUCUGGAUAAUGUUUUUCAUGGGUUCGUUUUCGUUCCUGCUGCUUGUUUGCGUGGACCGCAUCCAGUUUUACUUCCAGUACCCCCAUGUCACCAAGCUGGACGAGGUCACGGCACCAAUGAUGCCGUUUCCCGCCAUUACCUUCUGCAACCUGAACUCUUUCCGCUUUAGUCGUGUGACGCGCAACGACCUGUACCACGCGGGCGAGCUGCUCGCGCUGUUAAACGGCAGGUAUGAGAUCCGGGAUACACACUUGGUGGAGGAUAGCGUUAUGAUGACCCUGAAGGAUAAGGCGGACUUCUCCGUCUUCAAGCCCCGUCCCUUCAACAUGCGCGAGUUCUACGAUCGAACGGGCCACGACAUUAAAGAAAUGCUGCUGUCCUGCUACUUCAGAGGAGUCGAAUGCAGCGCCGAAGACUUCUCAGUGGUAAGAACGGAAAAGGACGGAAUCUGA